CUGGGCCGGAGCGCCCAGUGCUGGAGACCGGAGACGGGCCAGGUGAGCUGGCCAGGCCCACCGGCUGUCCAGGGUGCCGGCUCCUGCCGAUCAGUCUUCCGCGGAGCUGGACGGGCUGGCUACGCGCACCUGCAACGGCCUGCCGCCGAGCGAGGACCCGGGGUCCCUUGCGGCCGGGGGUCUCAGCGCGGGCGCUGACUUCCGGGGCUAGCGCACUCCCCAGGCGGGAGGAGCUUCGAGCCGGGCUGGGGGCUGCCCAGGCCAGCGGGGCUGCCAGGCCUGGGGUUCAGGAACGGGAUGGUUCUGGGGCUGUCCACCAUGGAGCUGAAGGUAUGGGUGGAUGGCGUUCAGCGGGUAGUCUGUGGGGUCUCAGAGCAGACCACCUGCCAGGAAGUGGUCAUUGCAUUAGCCCAAGCCAUAGGCCAGACAGGUCGCUUUGUGCUUGUGCAGCGUCUUAAGGAGAAGGAACGUCAGCUGUUGCCACAAGAGUGUCCAGUAGAUGCCCAGGCCACCUGUGGGCAAUUCGCCAAUGACGUCCAGUUUGUCCUGAGGCGGACAGGGCCCAGCCUGGCUGGAAGGCCCUCCUCUGACAGCUGUCCACCCCCAGAACGAUGCCCAGUUCGUGCCAGCCUGCCCCCCAAACCACGGGCAGCACUAGGCCGGGAGUCCCACAGAGCACUGGGGUGUCCCAGGCUGGCCCCCAGCCCCUCAUCUUAUGAACCUCUAGCCCCUGGAGCACCCAACCUAGGCUGCUUGGAAGACCUACCGGGCAUGGAGCUCAGGGUACAGAGGAAUGCAGAGGAGCUGGGCCAUGAGGCCUUCUGGGAGCAGGAGCUAAGGUGGGAAGAAGCCAGGGAACGAGAGGGGCAGGCACGUCUGCAGGCGCUGAGUGCAGCCACUGCAGAGCAUGCUGCCCAGUUGCAGGCCCUGGACGCACAGGCCCGUGCCCUGGAGGCUGAGCUGCUGCUGGCUGCUGAGGCCCCUGGCCCCCCUUCUGCCACACUGUCUGCCACUGAGCGCCUACGCCAAGACCUAGCUGUCCAGGAGCGGCAGAGCGUGGAAAUGCAGGGCAGCCUGGCCCUGGUGAGCCGGGCUCUGGAAGCAGCUGAGCAUGCACUGCAGGCUCAGGCACAAGAGCUGGAGGAACUGAACCGGGAAUUGCGUCAGUGCAACCUGCAGCAGUUUAUCCAGCAGACAGGAGCUGCGAUGCCGCCACCACCACAGCCAGACAGAGCCCCUUCUGGCACACAGGACCUUCUGCCUUCACCUGGAGAAGACGCCCUCCAGGGAGCCCCCCAGAGCCCAGUCCCAGUGCCCACCCUGAGCCUGGAGGUUGCUACCCUGAGGCAGAGCUGGAGGUAGCAGCUCCUGCCCCUGACCGGUGUCAUGGAAGUGCCGUGGAAGACAGACGAGCCAGGGCAGUCGGACAAGCCGCAAGGACAACAGGAGUCUGAUCACAGAUCCCUUUCUCAUGGAGGGGAAGCCUCUGGUGCCUGGAGUUUGUGCUUCAGUGGGGGGUGGGGUGUUUGUCCUAGUCCUUACCAAGUCUGACAAACCCCUGGAGAAGUGGAGAACAUAGCUCAGAACUCAGUAGGCCCGAGGCCACUAUUGCUACUGGGGAUGGGAGGUGCAUGGACAGGGAACUUGGCUUAUGGGUGUGUGUGCUGCCUCACCUACCCUUACCAUGACCCUCAAUAAACUGCCCAUAGUGGCUCGAGUGUG